CCAGUCAAAUGUGCUUAUUACCUGUUGAUCUACAAACAGACUUAUUUGUGUUUUAUGAACUCCUCUCAUACCGAGAGAGAUCAGAUCACUGGCAGCAUCUGUAGCCUGGCUGAGCAGUGAGACAGUUUUAACUUGAUGUAGUGUGAAUGGAUUUCCUUCGCUCCCUACUUGUUUAAAACUUUGUUUUGAAGUAGCUGAGUCUACAGGAAUCUCAACAUGGAUAAAGUCUUUAUUUUGAUUUGUUGGGCUCUGAUGCUGACACACAGCGCUGCAAAGCAACAGUACUUCCCUCAAUCCAAGAAUCUCACCUGGGAUGAGGCCAGGACCUACUGCCAGAUCUGUUUCAAAGAUCUGGUGACGCUGACUCCUGAAAACAUCAAAAUCAUCGUUCAGAAACUCACCUCUGACCACUGGAUCGGCCUCCGCAAGAACUUCUACUCCACCGCCUACCACACUAGCAACUACCCAACCAACCCCACCAGCAGCUACCCAAGCAACUUUACCAGCAACUCCACCAGCAACUACACCUUUAGUUCCACCAUCAACCCCACAACUAUCCACUCCACCAUCCACUCCACCAUCCACUCCACCAUCAACUUCACCAUCAACUCCACCAGUAACUCCACCAGCAACGCCUCCACCAGCACCGCCCUGUUCUGGUCUCGCUGGGCCAACGGGGAUCCCCUCACCUUCCAGAACUGGUACCCUGGUUGGCCCGUGUUCAAAUCCUCCUUCCCAAGAAGAGACUGCUGCAGCUGCUCCUGCACCUGCCCAGCAAGGCCAACCACAACAAUGCCAAGCUACACCAGAUACACAGAAUUCACCACCUCAAAGGUGACAAAUUUCAGCCAAAUGACACAAAAUUCAACCGAAAACGUGACAGGUGUUACUAAUCUCUCGGACUCCAGCGUCACAAAUGACCCCAGUUUCACCGGACUGAGCGGAACUGGAACUGAAGAUGUGACAGAUGUUACUGGACUGUGGGGAUCCAGCACCCAGAACGAGACCACCGGACUGAGAAGAAACACAACCGUUAAUGUUACAGAAGUUACCACCCCGGUAUUUACCACAGCUACCCCCACUAAGCCCAUGACGACCAUGCUACCACCAAUAGAAUCAGAGUGCAUGCGAUCGCCUAUGCUGUUCCCGGAUGUCCCCGACCCUGAUGAGAACUAUAUUGAAGACUCUUGUGUGGCCAUGCUCAGCAGUGGGGCUUGGGUUGAAAAGUACUGCUGGGAGCUUCUACCUUUUAUAUGUUAUGAGGAUUAUUUCGUAGGCGAAGCCAACGUGACCAACGUGACUUCAGAGAGUGCCGUCCUCACAUGGCUGUCCGCCCCCGGUAACAUCAGCCAUUACCGCUUAGAGGUCAAAAGCGACAGAAAAGUGACAGAAAAUGUGACUGUUCUGACGGAAAAUGUGACUGUUCUGAUGGAAAAUCUGACUGUUCUGACCUACGACCUUUUCAACCUGACAGCAGGCGCGCGUUACUCAGUCCAGGUGUUCCCUGUUAAGUGUCAGAGAGACCUCAACCCGCAGGAGAGGGCCUUCUACACCAUACCUAACAAAGUCAAAAACCUCCAAGUCACCACAGUGACAGAAACCUCUAUCACCCUGAGCUGGAGUAAACCAGGAGAAUUGGAUUUCUAUACUAUUAAGGGUACGGAGGGUAUGCAGAUUCAGACAACGGCAGAGACCACUGAGCUCAAAGGUUUGAUACCUGGGAGCCCUUACACAUUCUCCGUCAUCUCAGGAGUGAUGGACAAGUCCCAGUGGAGUGAAGAGUCCAACAUCACAGCAUACACCAAACCGGAGAAAGUGUCCGACCUGCGCGUGUCUGAGAAUACCAACAACUCGCUGCUGCUUACCUGGAAGCUAUCUGUGGGGGCUGCCACAGGUUUCAUAGUGAAGGCUAUGAAUGACCGUGAUGGCACAUUGUUUGAUGAAGUGGUGAACCAAACCACCGUGAGAGUCACUGGGCUGCCGAUGGGCACCAAGAUAACCCUCAGCGUGACAGCAGUGGCCAAUUACACUCUGGAGGGAGACAAAGUGACCGUUGUCAGCUACACCGCUCCUGGACCAAUUUCAAACCUGACGUUGACUACAACAGAGAACACCCUCACUGCUAAAUGGGAUCCUCCUACGGGUAAUUAUUCAACUUUCACCAUCACGCUGCAGCUGGAAGGCAAAGUUGUAGAUAGUUCAACCAACCUAACAAAACCUGAGAAGACUUUUAACGAUCUGAAGAAUGGAGGCAAUUACAAAGUGAUCAUCAGCGCUGUCAGUGGAACUUUCAAAGGCCCACCGGAGGAGAGCUCAAAAUUCACACUGCCGAAUCGGCCUACUGAUGCCAAGGUCACUUCCAGAUUGAAAGAUAAGCUCACGCUCGAGUGGAAGCCCCCUGCCAACUCGGCAACAGUCAAUUACACUGUCAGUAUUAACUCCACCUUCUGGGACUACACAAUGUCUAAGAAUGUUUUUAACGCAACCAGCUGCGAGUUUACUGGCUUGAAGUCCGGGACAAAGUACAACUUAAGAGUGCAAACAGUGGUGGGCAAAUUAUCCAGUUUGUCAGCAAGUGUAUGUGAACAUACAGUUACAGAGGCAAGGGAAAUCGGUCUGUCUAUGAUGUGCUCUUCAACAAAACCUCUCUACUGUGAUAGCACAGAGAAGAGGGAAAAAGUAUUUCAACAGUUGAAAGCACAUUUUGAAAGUCUGUUCGGGGACAGUAUAAGCUGGAAACUGGAGCAGGGUCAAUCUAAAGGAAGCUGAAAACUCAAAGAACAUCAUAUAUAUAUAUAUAAUUAUUAUUAUAUAUUAAAUAUUAAAUGUUAGCGGUGAUGGUUUUUUCGAUAGAAGUGUUUUCAGUCUUUUUGUUCUCAGAAGAAUUAAGAAGUCAUAAUUGUUGAUGUGACUGAAUGUGAAUUUAAAUCAAAUUACGAUUCUUAUUAUGUGUAUUGACUCUUUUAUAUUCUGAAUUUUACUAAUAAAAAGGUAUAAAAAAAACUUUACUUUAGUAUAUUUCAGAUUUUCUCCUACUUUUAUUUACUUUAUAUAUAUAUAUAUAUAUUUGUUCUCUGGUUAAUUUACCGUGAGCAUUUCAGUUUUUAUCAUGUUACUUUUUUAAAAUAUAUUUUUUGUCUUGAUAUUGUUCCAAAUGU